AUGUCUCUGGAACAGGUGGAAGUGGAACUGGACGGACGCGUCGUGACCCUACACGACGAAGAAUUUGAGGUACACCAGGACCAAGGUACCGGUGAAGACUACGGCAACGAAGCCGAUGAUCCAGGACUCGACGACGAUACGGAGGACGCUUUCGACGACGACGACAAUUUGGAUUCUCUCUUGAGCGGCAUAGACAUUGAUCGUGAUUUCAAUUUGUGGAAUUCCUUUCGUUCCAGCGAUACAGUCCGUCGAGUUUCGUCGGGUGGGGAAGAUUCGCCAGAAAAGAGAAACAACAAUCAUUCCGACAAAACCGAGCAUUCUACGAAUACUACCGCGCAGCAACAAAAUUGGAAUGCUGUGGAAACCCAGGACAUGCAGUUCUGGGCCUCGCGCAUAGAGCGGGAAGAAGUCUACAGUCGUCGAUAUCGACCAACGGCUCUUGAGAAUCAGGAACUACUCGAGUUGGAAGCAUUCCUAGGCAACAAAGGUUCCAGCAAACGAAUUUUACGAGGUCGCCUGUUUCGUACUACUUCAUCAACAGAAGAACCUAACUCUCAGGGCAAUCGUAAAGCUUGGAAUGCUUUGAUCCAUCCGGAAGCUCCCGAACCCAUCAGUGUCAUUCUUAAACGUGGACCAGUCCUCGUGGUUCCACCUUUGCAAUCAUCAUCAUCAACAACGAUGGCAACCACGCUACCCCAAGAAGCCGAACUUAUCCUGUUGACGCACGGUUUCAUUGUGGCUGUUGCGGUGACCAACACAAGCCGUAGAUUAAGGCGAGAUCGUAAAAAGAACUUGCAACAAGUUGUGGAGCGGCGAUUUGAUCGAGCGGUGCUCUGGUCGCAAGUUGAAUACGUCGCCCACGGACCCGACACAACUGUGGAACUAUGCCUGCAGCGGUCCGAGGGCUUGAUUGAAAGUGCGGAAGGUGAAACGCUCAGAUUCAUGUGUGCUCAUGAAGUUUCUCACCAGGCGUGGUUGGAUGCAAUAGAAAAGAUCAUGAUCGAGUACAACAUACAUCAUCAUACACCUCGCAGUCAGCAGCACGAAUUGGGUUGGCAGUAUUGCAUAGUGCACAAACCUGGCUUUACGUUGGCCGUCACCAACCGAAAUCCUUACGAUUCUUUUGCUCCCUCGAACGAUGCCAAAUCUUUGGAUACUCUAGACGUCUACAACGGUAUGGCACCUAUUCACUACGCGACUAGGACCGGGAAUCUCACUGCACUCGAAGUCCUGCUUCAGAACGGGGCUGACCCUAACCUUCCUGACCGCGAAGAACGAACGCCAAUGUACUAUGCCAAAAGAGAUCAGGCCCCACCAGAAAUUGUUCGUGCACUGGAGUUGCACGGCGCAGAGCCUUGUUCGAAAGUGUCACUCGAACAGGAAGGCGCCUUGUUUGGGCAGGUGGCGGCCGCCGAAGCCAAGGCAACGGAGCGUCGUCGUCAAGAGCAACUUGCAUUGGAACAAAAACAGAAGGCUGAACAGGCGCAGGCCGAAAUGAACGAGAAUAUGCGCCUCUUGCAGCAGAGAGAGAUACAGAUCGAUGAAAUGGAUGACAAAGCGCACCAACUGAGUGAAGGGGGCAAAAACUUUGCUAAUAUGGCGGCACAGCUGAAGCAAAAGACUAAAGCACAAAGGUCAUGGCUUCCCUUCAGCUAGAAAGAAGUCUCUAACCGUAAUCUCCUUGGCACUAAUUUCAUUUCGUCCGAGUAGGGCUCAACAUUCUUUCGUUACAGUUAGGAUUUGUCUG